CAGUUCACUUCUUCGACCUCCAAAACAGAUACAUAUCGUAAUUCACAAAUUUUUAAAGGGGGCCUUGUGAGAAUUAUUCAACUUUAUCGUGUUUGGUUAGCGUAUUCGGGUUAGUUCAAGGACUAAUUUGUUGUUUUCAUACGUGAAACUAUAUGUUAUUGCUUGGAUUCGUGUAUGGAAACUUUCAUUCUAUUCCUAAAGUUCGAUCUUUGGUGGGUUUUUUUGGAGUUGUCGUUAAUGGGUAUGCGUGAUUUCCACAAUACUUGAAUUCUUCCCUCGUAGGAAUUGAGAUUGGACAUGGUCUCCGAGGUGGGUUUGCUUUGAUUGGUUUAAAUUUUGAGUGAGAUGCAGUGGAACUUGAGAAUUUAUUGAUUUAUUUGGAGGAUUAUAAGUGGGUCUUUUCUGGUUGGUCUUUUUAACGAAUGAAAUGCGAAAAAACUAGGAUUUUUUUUGGUUUUCUUUUUAGAUCUCGACGUGCUCGGAUGUAAAGGUUGUUUGGGAUCUCACAGAGCCGUUAAAGGAGUUUGACCGAGAUUUUCUUUAUUUUAUUUUACCGAUCGAAUUGUAAGAAUUCCACCAAAACAAAGAUUGAAUUGUAAGAAAAGAGAUAGAAGAUUUUAUUUUCUGUAUUUUGUUAUGUAAAUCCCACUUGCAAAAUCUUAUCUUUCCUUUUUUUUCUGUUUUUAAUGUCAAAUGUGGUUGAGUGGUGUUAAUUUUAAUAGGGUUUCUACUUUCUAUUUGGUAGAGAAGACCCAAAAUAGGCGGAAGAAGGGUUGCUUUAUCGAGGUUGUUUGAAGUUUCAAAUGUGGUGUUGGUUUGGGAUGGAUGAGUGUGGCUUGGGAUAGUUAGUUUUAGAAUUAAUGGUACGGAAGAGCACCCCGGAGGGCUUAUAGUUCUUAAUUUGUGUCCUCAGUUAGAAACGGUGACUGAGUCUGAUUCAUCAUGCCUUACUCUGAAUUUCUUCAUAUGGCAAAAGAGAAGUUUGAAUCCAAUCCCUCAAAGAUGACUUGUUCGGCUGAUGUACCUUUUGUUCCUGAUAAUGAAUUUGUUGAGCUGGUUUGGGAGAAUGGACAGAUUCUGAUGCAAGGUCAGUCUGGUAGAAGUCGAAAGAGUCCCUCGUGUACCAAUCAUUCAUCUCAUAUUUCCAAGGUUCAUGAGAAAGAUGGAAGAGAUGCUGUUACUCCCAAGAUUGGAAGGUUGGGGACUAUUGAAUCUGUCUUGAAUGAUUUUAGUACGGCAGGACCUUCAGGUCAUAUGGGAUUGGCUCAAGACGAAGAGAUUAGCCCUUGGCUGAAUUAUUCGCUUGAUGAUUCUCUGCAACAUGAUUAUUGUUCGGAGUUGUUUUCUGAGUUAGCUGGAGUUAAUGUGAAUGUGCUCUCUGCACAGAGUAAUAGCUUGCCGAUUGAUAAAAACCAUGGUUGUGUUCAGAUGGGUAAGGAUUCCCAAAUUGUUUCUGCACAUGUUGGUAAGAAUUCAGAACACGGGAAUGUAUCGAAAGGUGUUGGGGGAGGUCCCGAGGUUAGUAGAACUAGUAGCAGUCUGUUAUGUUCAUCGUCGUUGCAACAGGGCCAGACUUCACUUCCAACUACUAGACCAAGAGUUUCAGAUUUCAUUAACACUAACACCAACAAUGUUAUGGACAAAGCAUCUGCAUCAUGUGGGAAUUCGAGUCACUCCCCAAUUUCAACUGGUGGACUUCCUAACACGAAGAUUCAGAAGCAAGAUCAGGGACCCCCAAAACCACCACUGCAGCCUGGCAACUUCACAGGAUUAAUGAACUUCUCCCAUUUCUCACGACCUGCAGCUGUUGUUAAGGCUAACCUCCAAAGUCUCGGUGCUGUAGCCAGUCCCGGUUUGUCUAGCAUAGAUAAGUUGAGAAGUAAUGGUAAAGUACCCGCAGCUGGGAGUGGCAACCCUCUUGAGUCCAUUAUGAUUGAAUCUACAAGUGCUUCAAGAAGUUCCACAGGUUUCCACAACCAAUUGGCUUCUAUGCCAGUCAAAGUGGAUACAAAGCCAUCUGUGCCUAAGCCUCCCAAGGAACUGCUUUCUGCUGAACAGUCUGAAGUUGUUUGCCGAGAAGAUGGUCUUAGGAAAAAUAUAUCCCCCGAUCAAUUUGUUGGCCAAACCUCAAGUUUUGCAGCAAGUAAUGCAGUGGAAAGACCAGAUACUGAAAAAACUAUGGAGCCAAUGGUUGCAUCUUCUUCCGUUUGUUCAGUCAACAGUGCUGGGGGAGCUUCUAAUGAUCUCAAACAAGCGUUGAAGAGGAAAUCUAGGGAUGCUGAGGAUUCUGAAUGCCAGAGUGAAGAUGUGGAAGAAGAAUCUGUGGACGCAAGAAAGCCAGCUCCCCCUCGAGUAGGUACGGGCUCCAAGAGGAGCCGUGCUGCAGAAGUACACAAUCUAUCGGAAAGGCGGCGAAGGGAUAGGAUCAAUGAGAAGAUGCGGGCUUUACAAGAACUUAUACCAAAUUGCAAUAAGGUGGAUAAAGCUUCGAUGCUUGAUGAGGCCAUUGAAUAUCUGAAGACGCUUCAGCUUCAAGUACAGAUUAUGUCAAUGGGAAGUGGACUGUAUAUGCCCCCAGUGAUGUUACCGCCUGGAAUGCAACACGUACAUGCACCACAUAUGGCACAUUUCUCACCCAUGGGCGUUGGAAUGGGUAUGGGAAUGAGCAUGGGUUUGGGUUUUGGGAUGGGAAUGGUUGACAUGAGCGGUGGUUCUUCUGGUUGCCCGUUGAUUCAGGUGCCUCCCAUGCAUGGAACUCAGUUUCCUACCACUCCUAUUUCAGGGCCUGCCAGUUUGCCUGGAAUGGCAGGAUCUGGCCUUCAGAUGUUUGGGCUCCCUGGUCAAGGACUCCCGAUGUCAAUGCCUCGUGCACCCUUCAUUCCGUUGUCAGGAGGUUCUUCUACAAUACCAGUUUUGGCACCUGAUGUCUCUGGUGUUGUGACCCCAAUCAAAGAGUCUUCUCCAGCUUCCCCAUCAAGUUCAAAAGAUCCGGAACCAACCAUAAGCUUGCAGGUGAUGCAGAAGAAUAGUGCUGAUUGUUCAGAAGACAAGAUGUCUAACCAGGCAACAAAAGAAAGUAGUAAACAAUCUGCGCCGAUGCAAAGAAAUGAUCAAACUAGGCAUGCUAAUAGCAAUGAAAAUAGCUGACUCAAGCAAGGGAAAUGGAGUUAUCUAGUACAGAAACUAGUCUGUAAUGUGCUAAACCUUGUAACUGGAGAAGCAUUAGGUAGCAACACAUUGAUAGAGGAAUUGCUCCUUAUUCAAAUUUAUUCGGUUCAAUCCUGAGCUGAAUUUAUUCAGUCAUCAGAGAUGGUUCCACAGGGACAUGGCUUGUGGUAGAACCCCUAAUAAAUUGUCUACUUCCUAACAUCAAGGCAGUCGUCUACUAACUGCAAUUUUUGAGUUGAAGAGACUGGAUAGUGGCAUGUGCAUUUGUGCAUGUGUGUC